UACUCCGUGGUCCGAACGGCGAAGUGAUAACUAACGAGCGAUGCCUGUUAGAAUGGCUGGACGAUUAACUUUGUUAAUAAGCAUGUAUAGGGCAGCAUAAAUUUGAUGAAAUGGGUUCAAAUAAAAAGGAAAGCUACGUAAGUUAAUUCGAACGUAAGUGUUACUAAAUAAAAGCAAACAGAGGACACAAAGCAAGCAUUAAUGUCCGUAAUUUAUCCAUUUCAGAUUUCUAAAAUGACAAGCCUGCGGGUGGCCGCGGCGGUGGGGUUAUUGAUCUUCACAUUGGCUCCACUCGACGUGGCUGCCCAGCAGAGAGCGCUUCCUUACCAACUCUACAACUUUACUACGAAGGUUGACCACUUCUCGUACGGCAACAACGCCACGUUCCAGAUGAGGUACAUCAUGGCGGAUAAGUAUUGGGACAAAACAAAAGGGCCGAUAUUCUUCUACCCCGGAAACGAGAUGAGAAUUGAAGCCCUCGUGCACAGCACGGGCAUUAUGUGGGAAUGGGCACCACGAUUCAAGGCUCUUCUGGUGUUCGCUGAGCAUCGCUACCACGGCCUGUCUCUGCCCUUCGGAAACGACUCAUUUAAGGAUCUGGAUCACAUGGGGUACCUCUCCAGUGAGCAGGCCAUGGCUGACUACGUCGAUCUGUUGACAUGGCUCAAGCGGAAUCUUCCAGGAGCCAAGCACAGCAAAGUGGUCACUUUUGGCGGCUCUUACGGAGCAAUGCUGGCUGCAUGGAUGCGGAUGAAGUAUUCCCACGUCGUCACAGCCGCUCUGGCCAGCAGCGCCCCGUUCAGGAUGUUUCCCGGUCUCGGUUCCUGCGACCGGUACUACAUAGGCGUGACGCAGGCAUUCGAGAAGUCGUCCUGGGGAUGCAGCAAGGUCGUGUCUUGCACCUGGCCAGCGCUGGACAAGCUCGGAUCGACACCGGAGGGCUGCAAGACGCUGCAGGCCAAGUUUCGUACCUGUCACGCCCUGGAGCCCAGCAAUUACCCAGAAUUCCGUGACUGGAUCAGAGACACGUACUCGAUACUGGCCAUCAUAAAUUACCCGUUCGCCGCAACCUUCCUCGGGGCCAUCCCUGCUCAUCCGGUCAAGGCGGCGUGCAAUAUCUUGCGCAGCGGGGCCAAAACUGACGAAAACAUGGUAGAUGCAGUCGCCAAAGUGAUGAAUUUGACGUACAACGGCACCGGAAAGAGCCCGUGCAGCAACGUUUACCUCAGGGCAAAUAUGCAUGCCUACCGGUUCCAGGAGUGCACCGAGCUCAUACACCCGACGUGUAGUGACGGUGUGAAAGACAUGUUCUAUCCUCAAGAGUGGGAUCCCGAGAAAUUUGCCGAACGGUGCCGAAAGAGGUUCGGGGUUACGCCUGAAUUCGAUGGGAUGCUCAAAAAGUACCCGAUCCCAAACUUCGAGAUGGCGUCCAAGAUAUUUUUCAGGUAUACGUUAUAUCAGUUAGUGCACAGAGAUUCCCGUUCAUAUACAAAAAAAAAAAAAAAAAAACGUCUGUUCCAAAAAUGCACCGCGUCGGACAUGACUGCGUUCUCCGGAAGAGUUUACUCCUUUCUUUCUCAUAGAAAAAAAGAAGCGCGAAGGCCCAGGCGAAUUCGCGUCUAUGUGUAUGGUUCGCUUCACAAGAAACAGGCAACUGUCGGAGGCGGUAUGGCUGUGAUUGGAAGCGACGGCGACCUAGAUCCGUGGGCUGUGCACAGCUUGAAUUACGCUCCCACACCGGAAACCAGAUACCUGCUCAUCAAGGGCGCGGCGCACCACGUGGACCUACAGUUCUCGCACCGCGACGAGCCUCGCUCGUACCGGAACGCCAGGGAGGCCGCCAGAAUUCUCGAAGUGAACCACACAUUGGGAAGGAGGCUUUCUCCUUGUGGCCCAAGAAAGCUUUCGAAAAUGGCAAACCUGCUGGUGGCCGCAGUGGUGGGGUUAUUGACCUUCAUAUUGGCUCCACUCGACGCGGCCGCCUAUCAGAGAUUGCUUCCUUACAAAUUCUACAACUUCACUACCAAGGUUGACCACUUCUCGUACCGUAACAACGCCACGUUCCAGAUGAGGUACGUCAUGGUCCAUAAAUUUUGGAAAAAUAGGGACGGACCGAUACUCUUCUACCCAGGAAACGAGAUGGCAAUUGAAUCCUUCGUGCACAGCACUGGCAUCAUGUGGGAAAUGGGAAAAUUGGUCAAGGCGCUACUUAUAUUUGCUGAGCAUCGCUACUAUGGUCUGUCCCUGCCCUUCGGAAAUGACUCAUUUAAGGACCUUGAGCACAUGGCGUACCUCUCCAGUGAGCAGGCCAUGGCUGACUACGUCGAUCUGUUGACAUGGCUGAAGGGAAACCUUUCAGGAGCCCAGGACAGCGAAGUGGUCACUUUUGGCGGCUCUUACGGAGGCAUGCUGGCUGCGUGGAUGCGGAUGAAGUAUCCCCACAUCGUCAACGCUGCUCUGGCCAGCAGCGCCCCGUUCAAGAUGUUUCCUGGUCUCGGUUCCUGUGACCGGUACUACAUAGGCGUGACGAAGGCAUUCGAGAAGUCGUCAUCGGGAUGCCGCAAGCUCGUGUCCCGCACCUGGCCCGUCCUCGACAAGCUCGGAUCGACACCGGAGGGCUGCAAGACGCUGGAGGCAAAGUUUCGCACCUGUCACGCUUUGGAACCCAGCAAUUACCCAGAAUUUCGUGACUGGAUCAGAGACACGUACUCGAUACUGGCCACCAUUAACUACCCGUACGGCAUAACGUUGCUCGGACCCAUUCCGGCCCAUCCUGUCAAGGCAAUUUGCAAUACCUUGAGGAGCGGGGUCAAAACUGAAGAAAGCACGGUGGAUGCAGUCGCUAAUGUGAUGAACCUCGUGUACAACGGCACCGGAAAAAGUCCAUGCAACAACGUUUACCGCACAGCAAAUAUGCAUGCCUACCGGUUCCAGGAGUGCACCGAGCUAAUUCACCCGACGUGCAGUGAUGGCGUCAAGGAUAUGUUCUACCCUCAAGAAUGGGACCCCGAGAAAUUCGCCGAAAGGUGCCGCAAGAGGUUUGGGGUUACGCCUGAAUUCGACCGGAUGACCAAAAAGUACCCCAUCACGGACUUCAACAUGGCGUCUCACAUUAUCUUCAGUGACGGUGACAUGGAUCCGUGGGCUGUGCACAGCUUGCAGGAAGCUCCCAACCAGCGAACCAGACGCUGGCGCAUUGAGGGCGCCGUGCAUCACGCGGACCUGCAGUUCCCCCACCCCGAUGAGCCUCGCUCGUACAAAUAUGCCAGGGAAUUCACCAGCAGGACCAUUAUCCGAUGGCUGAUAUUUCCUUUUUCAUCGCACUAGAUUUUAGCACUCUUACGCAGGGGCAAGUCUUGCGGCCGGGUUUUAUAUGGCCAGAUUCAGAGGAAUGGGCGAUUGACUGCUCGAGCGAAAAAAUUGAGACGCUAUAGGUGGAAACUUGAGGCCAAUGAACGGAUAGAAUCCGCCACUGCAGAGUUUUCGAUUUGUUCGUUUAUGUUAAAAUAUUGCAGGCAGCUAGGCUGCCCCAGCAGGAGAGGUUACACAAAGCACAUUUGAAGGUGCUUUUCAAACAAGACUGUGCAACGCAAGCUGGGUGAGAAUUCAACAGUUCAUACCCAGGAAAGGAAAACUGAAAAAGCUACACCCUAGUGAGGCGGCGGCGUAUGACUAUGCUAUAAUUUAACCACGAUUGCCGUUAAGGCAGAACAACCGAGUGUUUCUCCCGUUUUCGAGCGGUUUUAUAGAGUGAUUUACCUGGUAAAGAAACUUUAGCC